AUGUCUGGCUGGUUUCAAGAGAAGUCCGGGGAGGUGGUGGACGUGACCCAAGUUAAGGCCGGCGAGGCCAAGAAGAUGGCGUCCGAGACGGGGCAAUCCAUCCAGGACCGUGCCGUCGAGGCAAAAGACCAGACCGGCAGCUUCCUUGGCGAGAAGAGCGCGGCUGUCACGAAGGCUGCCUCCGAGACUACUGAGGCGGCCAAAAAGAUGGGUGGCGAGGCCAUGGGGAAGGCGUCCGAGACAGUGGAAGCCGGGAAGGAUCGCGCCGUCGAGGGCAAAGACCAGACGGGCGGCUUCCUCAGCGAGAAGACUGAGGCUGUCAAGAAGACGGCCACCGAGACCACCGACGCCGCCAAGGAGAAGUCUACCGAGGCCGCGCAGUAUGUCCAAGACACCGCUGCACAGUACACCAAGGAUCCCCCGGUCGCCCCCAAGGAAAACGUCUUCCAGCAGGUGAAUCAAUCACUUGCAAACUAUUCAGAGACAACACAAAAUCAACCAUGUGGAUGA